AAGGGUGCGCGCAAAAGGAAUCUUCUACGCGAGUGCGCGCACGGGCACGCGCUCACAGCUGUCUGGGAGAAAAAGAGAAAGCGAGAGAGGAGAGGAGCGUUUGCGACGGCCUCGCGCUUAUAAUGGCUGCCGGGAAAAGCAGAGCAAAGGGAAAUCAGCUACAUUGGGAAUAACGUCGUGCACAGGUGAUGAAGAAGAGGAUGGUGAGCAGUCAAGCCAAGUACGAGCUGAUCCAGGAGGUGGGCCGGGGCAGCUACGGUGUGGUUUACGAGGCAGCUGUACGGCAGACCGGUGCUCGCGUGGCUGUGAAGAAGAUCCGCUGUCACUCGCCGGAGAACGUGGAGCUGGCCCUGAGGGAGUUUUGGGCCCUGAGCAGCAUCCAGAGCCAGCAUCCCAACGUCAUCCACCUGGAGGAAUGCAUUCUCCAGAGAGACGGUCUCGCCCAGAGGAUGAGCCACGGCUCCAGCUCCUCGCUCUAUCUGGAAUUGGUGGAGACCUCCCUGAAAGGUGAGAUCACAUUUGACCCCCGCUGCGCCUACUACCUGUGGUUCGUCAUGGACUUCUGCGAUGGCGGAGACAUGAACGCCUAUCUCCUGUCCCGUAAACCCAGCCGCAAGACCAACACCAGCUUCAUGCUGCAACUGGGCAGCGCUCUUGCCUUCCUGCAUCGCAACCAGAUCAUCCACCGAGACCUCAAACCCGACAACAUUCUCAUCUCGCAGGGCAGGACCCCGGCCGGGUCCCCCGAACCCACCCUGAAGGUGGCCGACUUUGGUCUCAGCAAGGUCUGCUCCUGUUCUGGUUUGAACCCCGAAGAACCGGCAAGCGUCAACAAGUGUUUCUUGUCCACAGCUUGUGGGACGGACUUCUACAUGGCCCCUGAAGUCUGGGAGGGCCAUUACACCGCAAAGGCUGAUAUUUUUGCUUUGGGGGUCAUCAUAUGGGCCAUGGUGGAACGGAUUACGUUUGUAGAUGUAGAGACUCAGAAGGAGCUCUUGGGGAGCUACGUCCAACAGGGGGAGGAUAUAGUCCCAUUGGGGGAGGCUCUGCUGGAGAACCCCAAGAUGGAGCUCCACAUUCCGGCUCGGAAGAAGAGCAUGAACGCUGGCAUGAAGCAGCUGAUUCGGGAGAUGCUCUCCGCCAAUCCACAGGAGCGACCCGACGCCGUUGAGCUGGAGCUCAGGUUGGUUCGGAUCGCAUGCAGGGAACUCGAUUGGGAUACGUGAAAGGACACCAUCUUGGAGAUGGGGUAAACUUCUAGGACAAUGGGCUUGGAGCUUGAAGUGAGAACAUAUUGUUUGACCUUGUCCCAAAUGGCACACAGUGGUCUUGUGGUUUUGGCAGUGUCUGUGAAAUCCAUAAGACUGUAGGAGAGGGAUCCCGAACCCUACUCCUGGAGAGAUACCAUCCUGCAGACUUCAGCUCCAACCCUGCUCCCACACACCUGCCUUUAAUUUUUAAGUAGCCCUGCAGACUUUGAGCAGCUGGUUCUGGUGCGUUUGACUGGGGUCGGAGCUCUGCAGGACGGAGCUCUGGAGUUUGAGACACCUGCCAUAGGGUUUACCAUUUGGGAAUUCAGUUUAGGCACAAUUUGCUGAGCCCACAAUUACCUGUGCUGCAAAGUAUAGACUUUGUCGGGGAAUACUUCAUAGGCUGAUGGUGCCGUUUGGGACAGGUCCUUUGGAGUGGGGUUUUUAGUGGGCGAUUGCACUGGUUCGUGUUUUCUUUUUUCUUGAUAUUCUUACAGUUUAGUACAACAGAUUCAUUGAUUAUAAACUGCCUUUGAGAUGUAAAAAGCUUAUUACUGUCUCACCUGUUCACAACAAAUUGGGAUUUUCAUCAGCGAGAGUCCAAAUGAGCUUCAGGGGGGUUUCAUUGCUGGAAAAAUCCUCAGAUAUCCACCUUCCAUUGACCAUAAUCCACAUCAACCCAGAUAAACACACAGGUCCACAGACUUCCCAGAACAUUCCAGCACUAAGACAUCAGAUAGCAUGUAGAUUAGGGCUGGGCUAUAAAAUGUGUUUGUAAAAUAUUUUGGCUUCAUGAAAAAUUCACUUGGAUGGUGUCUGAUUUAAUUUCUUUGCUCAUGAAUUGGAAGAAGGCAUGAAAAAGUGAUCUACUCCCAUGAUUUCAAUGGAUAGAAACUCGUUAGAAUCAGAGUUGAUAUUCCUGUUCAAGUUAACGCCCAGCCCUGAUGUAGUUCUAAUACAGCACAGCAGAAAGACUCAUGGCUUCCAUCUUUCUUGGGAGCUCUUUAGUUCUCUAUGAGAGCUACUCUCACCACACUCCCGGUGCUAAUUCAACUUGUGAUGCAAAGUGGAAAACAUGCAGAAAAUAAUGGCUUUUUCUUUUUUACAGCCACUUUGAAUUUAUGGGCUUUUUACAACAGGAUUAAUAUCUGUUUUCUGUGCUCCACAAACAAAAGGGCUUCAGGGAGUAUUUCUAUCACUCAAUAAUAAUAAAAAAAAAUAAUAAAAAAUUCUACAAAAACAUCAAGGCAAUAAUUUAUAUUUUGACAAGAUAUUCUGAAAAUUAUUCUGUAAUAUUUGUCAUCCUGCUGAACAGGUGAAAUUUGAAUAAUCUGUCAAUUAUUACGCAUUUUAAUAAAAACAUGAGUGCCUGGAAGAUUAAGUUUCAAGGCACUUCAGACAGUAUCUGAUAAACUGACACACAAACAUAUAUUCUGUCUUGCUGGACACUGAUUUUGGCGCUAAAGGCAUCUGUGUGUACUGUGUGUGUCCAUUUCGGAGCACCAGGUGUAAAGUGAUUCAACAUAAACAACAGUCCUGAUUUGAGGAGCUAUGUUUUCUUCUCUCUGGAUUGUUGCUUAAUUAUAUCCCAUAAUAUUCAAAAAGAGGCAAGCUGGCACUUUCAACAAAGAGAGUGUAAAAUUUGAAGGAACAGUUACUUUCUUUUAUGUACAUUUUAAUGAGGCAUUAUUUUAUUUUUGCAAUCCCAUCACCAGAAUUCUGGACAUGCCAGACAGGUUAAUCCUUGAUCAACAGGUUUGAUUGAUUAAAUGAAUGCGGGAAAUGCUGCAAUUUGUGUAAAACAUUUAGAAAGUGGUAUGCAAUUUACUUAACUACUUCUGAUUAGUUUUGAAAAAGUAUUUUGAAGAAUAUGGAUGUUCAAAUAAGUCCUGGUCACCAUUGUCUUAAAUUAUAUAUUUUUGGCCAUAUUAUUUAAGUCAGUAGAGACUAACAACUGUUCGGUUAACAAGGUUUUGAACAACAUGCAUGGGAAUAAAUAUUGGAAUUUCUUUAUUUUUAGGUGAACUGUCCAUUAAUAGAAUACUGGUGAUUUUAAUCCUCUGUUAAUUGUUUUAAAGUGACAUCAUUUGUAUUUUGUUUGUUGAACGUACCAGCUGCUCUUCUUCUUCAUCCAUCAUCUUCAUCUGACUGAUCUAUGAAUUAACUUUAGCAUUGACUUGAAUUCAUCUGGAAUAGACCGUGGCAUUGUGCUGGAGUGAGUUUACUAGAGAGUUUAGACCUAAUGAUCCUCAUAUGAAUGCUCCGAACAACCAGCCUCGAUUAAACACACGAAACCUCACGCGUUCGCACAGAGAGAGUUACUUACGCACUACAACAAACGCCAGUGCACUAAUACAUGCAACACCUCUCACCUUCAGGGAGUGUGAACGGAUGGAAAGGUUGAUGCUAACACACACACACACACACACACAACCGUAAGCCUCUGUGAGUCGGGGCUUUCACGUCUCUGACACACGAUACCAGCGAGCUGAAUUUGAUCUCCACUUCACUGUGUCAUUCUUGUGCCGAAUCUCACCGGUAAUCCCUUCCGCCACGCUCUCUCCACAGACUAACGCUAAGCCUGUUACGCUCCCGAGGAAUUAGGCGAAGAAAGCAUUCUCCGGGACAGAAACUGCCAUUCAGGUCAACGUUUUGUACGAUUUCACAAGCACUUCAGACAUGAGCCCUCGUGGCAGCAGUACCUCUGUCCCUUUAAACACAGGACACGUCUUUUUCCUAGGUGACAAGCGAAGGCAUUAAUAUUUAAUGCUGUGUGUAUCCAUACUUUUUUUUUUUUUCCCAUCUUGUCAAGUGGGGCAUGCUGUAAAUGCCAGAACCAGCAAAAUUUAAUUCCAAGUUCAUCCGUCUCCAAGAUUUUUUUCCCUCUUUUGUGGAAGCUUCUCUUCCAGCUGUGGUAUUAUGCUAUAAUCCACAUUAUCGCAAGAAUAAAGGAUAAAAGGAUUAUGUUCAAACAGCCACUACUUCCUAAUCGCCCAAAUAUUGUUUAAUCUUCAUUUCCUUUUAGAUUAACAUAAUUUAUGCCUUAUUUUUAAAUCCUCUUGCCCCUACGAGCACUUGAUUGGGCCGUGUGUUUCCUGAAGUUCUCAGGGGACAGCGAUACAUUAGCCGGUGUUGGUUAGAGGUGAUUCUUUAUCAAGUGUUGCUGUCUGUCAGUAUUAAUAAGAGAACUUCCUGGAUGGGGUCUGUGAAGCCGACAGACAGGUGAAUGUCAUUGGAGUGUAAGACCGUGGCCCGAUGGAAACAUUGUGACGAGAAAAGCUACGUUCACAUCACAGUUGCACGUGUCCCAAACCUGAUUUGAGACCGAUUCUGUUUUUGGAUGAGUGUGAAUGGCAAAACUCCCAUUUGAGUCUGACACCAUAUGUGUUAAUAUUAUUGUAUUAGAGGGGAAAAUGUAUACGUGUGUGUGUUUGUGUGUGUCUACAUUCUGUCAAACGAUUAAUCACAUCCAAAAAUGUGUGCUGUGUAACGUUUACUGUAUUUAUGUAUAUAUAAAUACAUGCACACAGUGUAUAUCUUGAAAAUAUUUGCUUGUAUUUAUAUAAUACACAUGUAUACAUAAAUACACAGAUGUAAACAAUGUUGUUUUUUUAUUAUUUGGAGGUAAUUAAUCACAAGCAGUCGUUUGACAACGCGCACACACACACACAUACAUGCAUACAUAUGAAAUGCAAAGACAUUCAGACUUUUUUUUUUUAAUGUGACUAAAUACCUUUUGGAAGUUGUGUCAUAGCAAAAGGUGUGAAAAUGUGUAGAUUUAUGAUUUAUGGAAGUGCAACAUUUCAUAUUUCACAUGUACUUCGGUUCAAAAGUUUGGGGUCAGAAAGUCAAAAAUACAGUAAAAAGUUAAUAUUGUGAAAUCAUUACAAUUUAAUAAUAUAUUUGAGAGCUGCUAGUGUCCAGGAUCAUUCCUCCAGUCUUUAGUGUCACAUGACCCUUCAGAAAUCGCUCUGAUUGGCUGCUCCAGAAACAUCUGCGCUGCUUCUGUGGAAACUGAUCGCACAUUCAUAACAGCUCUUAUUUUAUUUCUAUUAAUUUAAGUCACUUUUGUUUAAAGCAUCAUUGCUUAAAAAAAAUGUUCUGACUCCACACUUUUAAACAGAUGUGCAAUUUCAUAAAAUAAUUGAAUAUGACGUCUCAAGAAAACAGUGAAGAUAGUAUCUGAUAGAAACCAGAACAACAACCUGAUUGGAGCAGAACAGCUUUAUCUUGCAAUGUGAACCGACUUAAAAUCGAACAACUCCAAUGUGUUUUAUGAGAUGUACCUACUUGAACUUGACUCGAGUUUUCCCUUCCUGACUAAUAAAAGAUGUUGGUCUCA